AUGCCACUACCUUGCUGUCAUAGUGGCAAAUCAUACACCUCAUUCUCACCCGGUCGGUCUGCCCAAGCAUUACCUCUUCUCACAAGGUCACCAAUACCACAUGUCCACAAUGAUCCGACUUAUGGCUCAGCUGCAUUUCAGCUCGUGGUGGCUAUGACCCUCGCCAAGUCGGUGAAGCACCCUCACUACCUAUUUUGCGGCGCCCGAAUCACCUUGCUAGCCAUGUCCCUCCACAUUGACCUCUCCGACCUCACGGGCAUCUUUGACAGCGAUGGCACCUUUUCCUCGACCAGAGACACCAUUAGUCUCCGGGUGGUGCAUUUAGAGGCUGACGGACCCUGA